UUGCCGUAGUUCCGCAUGUAAACACGGAAGCGGUAUCCAUGCCCUGGUUUGGUGCUACAUAGAAUUUAGCAUAGAAAUAUGAUAUCUGUGGAUUUUAGGUCACUUCUCUCUAACUAAACCUUUCUCAAAACAGUCUUACUCUCUUAAUUACUACUGUUUGAGCCUUAGAUUUUUUCAGCCCGUUUAUUUCGAAAGAAAAGUACCCUGUAUCUCUAGUCUCGUGUGUUCAGAAAUGCAGGGAAGCUAGUGUUAGCUGGACGUUAUUUUGUUUGUGGGUUUUUAAAGGGAAUGGCAGAUCAGAGAGUGAGAUCAUUUAGGUUUGUGAUCGUGGGUGGAGGGAUCGCGGGUGUGACAUGUGCUGAACAGGUGAAAUGCUAUAAAUACUAUACUAAAUACAAACUUAUUAACAUAAUGUUUAGUGUUUUGUACUGUAUGUUGCCACUAAACCUAAAUCUUCCUCUUGAUUGACAGCUGUCAUCCCAGAUCCCGUCAGCUGAUGUGGCUCUGAUCACAGCAGGCUCCCAUAUCAAAGCAGUGACCAACUAUAAGCAGGUAAGGAUGCUGAUGAUGUUUGUAAAUGUACACAAAUGUAAUAUGCAUGCACUGAUUUUUCCUCAUCUGUCAUACUGCAUCACAUUAUGGUCACAAGCUUCUUCAACCUCACUCUCUUUUACCCCUUUGUUUUCCUUGAUAAGGUGUCCCACACUUUGGAAGAGUUUGACGUUGAGGAGAAACCAUCCAGUGUUUUGGAGGAGAAAUUUCCCAACCUGACUGUCAUCCACUCUGCUGUUAAAUCACUUAACACAAAAUCACAUGUAAGCAUCAGGCUUUCAUAGAGGGGAAAAAAACCUAGAUGAUUCAAAGGUGUAAAUAAAAUGUUUUUUUGUUAGUGUAGGUGUAAUAUUCACUCUAAUUAUUUAUCUGUGCUGUGCUAGAACAACAUUUCGACACACAUUAAGCCACCCAUCUGCUUGUCAUCCAUUAUGAUGUAAAACCCAGUCAUGAUUAAUGUCACAUCUGAGUGAAAUUGGAGAAUAUCAGUUGUGCACUACUGCCACCUUGUGGAGAUAAGGCUGCAACUGAGCUCUGAGGACAGAGUUGAAAUCUAAACACUGCCUGAAUGUGUGUAAAAUCUCUUUUUUUUCUCUCUACUCUCAGUCAGUUGAAACUACAGAUGGUCGGGUGUUUGGUUAUGAAAAACUUUGUAUCUGCAGCGGGGGAAGACCCAAGCUCCUCGCCCAAGACAACCCUUAUGUGUUGGGUAUACGGGACACAGACAGCGCCCAGGUACAAUUCCAUUACUCUGUGUGUUUCUGUUUUCAGCAAUAUGCAGGUCUGAAAUUCUUAAAGAAACUGAACCUCAGUUUUAACAAGAAGAGCUGCAACAGUGAUGCUGUGUUUGAUAAAUGAGAGUCAAUAACAGAGCAUCACACUCUAAGAAUAUAUUGCAUUAAUAUUUCACAGCAGCAGGAAGGACUUUGACAUUGAACGGCUCUCAUUUUCUUCUUGUUUCAGGAGUUUCAGAGGCGUUUGUCCAAAGCAAAGAGGAUCGUGGUGGUCGGAAAUGGAGGCAUCGCCCUGGAAUUAGUGUGAGAAACUGAAACCAAAACUCUUCAUCUUAAAAAUGUGUCACUUAUCUUCACAUGUGAUUGUUUUCUCAUUUAUUUGUGAAAUAGUUGUAUUUUUGUUAAUGUUAUGUGGCAGUUGUAUAUACAGCAUCAUCAAAUAUUUUUCAAUGAUCAUCAUGAUCUAAUGUUUAGUGUUCUUGGACCUUGUCUAUUCAGGUUUGAGGUGGAGGGCUGUGAGGUGAUCUGGGCUGUGAAGGACAAGGCCAUUGGAAACACCUUCUUUGAUGCGGGAGCAGCACAGUUCCUGAUACCAUCUCUGGAGGCUGACAAACCAGACAGAGCUGUACCCUGUAAGAGAACUCGCUACACCACAGAGGAACCAGCACCCGGAGCAGCCCAGACUUUCACAGCAGGUCAUGAUUGUACUUGUUGAAAUAUUUUCGCUUAUGAUACAGCACAAUCUGUUCCAACAACUUCAUGAUCUUACUUUUUCAGAAAGAAAUUCACGAGGACAUGGUUCUGGUGUUACAGAGCCAGGCAGCGCUCUGGGUCCAGACUGGCAUGAAGGAAUAGUUCUGAGGGGAACUGAACAUGUAAGAUAGUGUGUAGAUCUUUGGUACCAAACCUUUCUGUGCAUGUCCUUAAAUGAGGUCAGGAUGAGAGGUCUAUUGUAGAAUGGUAUCUCUUGAUAAUUCUAUAUCUGUUUUGACUAUUUGUGUUGUUAUAUCUUCUUUUUCCCCUGCGUCUCUUCACCCCGCUGGCGUCUGCUCAGGCGUCCCGCAGAGUUUCUCUGGAAUACCAGUGUGAGGUGGAAAAGAUCUUCACUUCUGAGGAGCUGCAGAAGUCCCCACAGCAAACACUCAGUCCUGAGAAUAGUGAGGAGUAGACUUAUCUGAAUUCAAUCAUCCAGUCUUGGAUGUUUUCUUUACUCCACCACAGCCUCACAAUGAUUAUGCCUCUCUCUCCUUUCAGAAGGAUCUUGGCCAGUUUACAUCAAAUUAACCAACGGCAAAACAUUUGGCUGUGAUUUUGUUGUCAGUGCCACCGGUGUUGUACCAAACACUGAGCCGUUUCUUCAUGGCAACAAUGUAAGUUGAUAAGAACCAAGUGUUGAGUUUCAUUCGAACUGUGUGUUCAGCAAGUUUGGUGUCAUUUGAAGCAUUUUUUACAAGCUCUGGCUUCAGUCGUCGUUUCAGUCUAAUGUGCAGAAGAACAUCUAUAAACCUCACUAACCAAGGAUUACAAGUGUUUCAUUGUGUUGGUGGAACCAAAAAUAAAUUUUUGCACAGAUAGUGAACAGAAAAUCAGUCAAAGCUCUUUGCAGUUGGAUGUUAACACCUUUAGAUGUCACUAGAGGGCAGGUGAAUUCACUUAUCUCAGUACUCAGUUCUUUUGAUGACCCUUUUAACUGUGACAUGUUAUUUCUUAAGCCUUGGUAAACUUCUCAAAAAUAUCAUUUUUUUAGUUCACAUUAGCAGAUGAUGGGGGCCUGCAGGUAGAUGACCAAAUGAUGACAUCAGAGCCAGAUGUUUAUGCUGCAGGGGACGUGUGCACUGCAUGCUGGGAACACAGCCGACUGUGGCAGCAGGUGAAAAGUUGCAUCAAUUAUAAAUCAUAAAAAGCACAAUGAAAAACUUUUACUUAAUCAAACAAUUGUAGUCAUUGUUUCUGUGCUCUUUGGUGUCCAUAAAGAAGCUGUGGAAUAAUUUGUUUUUCCUGCAUGUUGUGCAAAGAUGCGUUUGUGGACACAAGCCCGUCAGAUGGGCUGGUACGCUGGCCGCUGUAUGGCAGCACAUGUUCUGUCAGAACCAAUAGAACUGGACUUCUGCUUCGAACUCUUCUCACACAUCACCAAAUUCUUCAACUACAAGGUAAAUGACACUCAACCAGAGGGGAAGGGAGUUAUUUUUCCAAUAACAGAUUUGUCAGUAGUGUAUUAAUGGGAUUUCAGUGACUACCAUGACUUUUAAGACCUUUCAAGGUCAUUUUACAGUGUUUCCUCCUCCUACUACCCUUAGGUUUAAUCAAAAUUUGCAUAUAAACUGCUCCCUGUCUGCUGCUCAUUCCACAGGUGGUACUGCUGGGAAAGUUUAAUGGGCAGGGCCUGGGUCCUGACCAGGAGCUGCUGAUACGCUGUACCAAAGGCCAGGAGUAUGUCAAGGUAUGUCAAGGUGGUCAAAAAGAGAAACAAAAUAACACUUUGUUGCUGUUUUGUGUUCAUGCAUCAAUUUCUUGUAACAGCAGUGGUCUGUUUUAUGUGCUGCUUGUUCAAUAACAUUGAAUGGUCCGCUCCAUUAAAACAAGAAAUCUUUAUUUUAUGCACAAAUUUGGUUUGUUUAACAGCAUCAGAGCUCAAAGGAGCCUCUGUUUUCCUUUGAGGUAUGAACUUAUGCUGGUAAUCAGCCAGGAGCAAAACAGGAUCAGCUGGUAAAUAGACGAAGUUUGCAAUUUAAAAGGGCAAGCUUUUGACGAUAUCUUUCCGCACAUGUCAUCAUUAUAAUUUCAUACACCCCCAGAGAAAAUAUCACGUGUCUGUUUUAUCACCUAGUUUAACCUUGUGUGCCUGUUUCAGGUUGUUCUCAGUGGAGGCAGGAUGGUUGGAGCGGUGCUGAUCGGGGAAACUGACUUGGAGGAGACCUUUGAGAACCUGAUCCUCAACCAGAUGGAUCUGACCUCAUAUGGAGAGGAGCUGCUCAACCCUAACAUUGAUAUAGAGGACUACUUUGAUUAAGCAACAUGAUUAACACUAAACUGAAAAAAUAACUGAAAGGACUGUGGUGUAAGAUUUGGAAGCAUCUGGUGGUAAGCUGUUAGAUUUACGCCAAUGGAUAACUCUAGGACCCUGUGCAGAGCCAAGAGUCAGGUAGUCCAUUAAAGAAGGCCUCAUUUUAAGGUUCAAAAAAUCACAACCAUUUCUUCAACCAUAAUACAAAAACUACGAUUAAGGAGAUCCCAAACUCAGGCAAGAAUGAGACAACAUUGAACUUUCAGAGCCAAAGGGUCUCGUCUGUUUGGUGAAAAAAAAGUGUUUGAAGGAAGAUGUGAUGCAACACACUGGUAGACAUGCAUGUGUGGAGGCUGUUUUUGAAAAGUGCUGAUGGCAUCGAAUUGAAAAUGAAGAUAUAAUUUUCAUAAAACUGACAUUUUUUUAUUUUAUUUUACAGCAUAUAAGUUGUCUUGGCACUUUUUUCAAUGAAACAAAGGCCUAAAUGAUUUGCAAACAAUCAAAUCUAAUUUAAUCACUUGAAAUGUUAUAUUUUUACUUUAAAAUAAAUGUACUUUAUUAGUAUGAGUUACAUGGAAAUGUGUUUUUUCUUUUUUGAUUAUUACAUGUAAGCAUAUCCAUCACUUUCCAAACUCUGGAUUGCCAAAAUGGCAGGAGAAUGGCACAUGUUCAGCUUUACUGCAGGUUAAAAAAGGAAGAAAAAGACUGACACCCUUUAGCUGUUAUGUUGUCUUAACAACACUUGAUCGGAUUUCUAUUUGGACAUCUUUUAUGUCUCCUGCCACGCCUCAGCGGGCAUUUGAACAAUAGACAAUGUCAAGCUUGCACAGUUCUGUGCUCUGUUACUUGGGUAUAUUGCUCUCGGGGAUAUUGGUUGAAAAUUCCCUUUUUGAAAGGACAAGGAACUUGAGAAGCAAACUGGUGGAGUUAUCUCCAAAAGCUUCAUCUGAAUAAAUCGAAAUCAAACACCCUUUAGAUGGCAUUACUGGUUAUUGGAUCAACCCUUGCACUUCUAUCUGCUCCCACUUCCUGAGAUAAAAACAAAUGUGAUAAAUAGUCUGAGCCACUCACCCAAGUGUAAGUGUACCUGUGUUGAUCAUUUUUUAAGGAGGUGGGUCAGAACUUUCCAUCAGCUGCUUGCACACAUAUCAAGAUACAAUUCAAGCGUUCUUUUGAAUGUGAAAGCCAGAUUUCAGUGAGAAACAUGAUCCCAUAUGGGGUUGUGCCUGUAAAGUAGAGCAUAUUACUAAGCAAACCUUCCCACUGUCAAGAUGCAAUUAUGGGUGUGUCUGAGUUGGCAAAAGGUGAAUGGCUCAGUUAUAAACAGACUGUCACACUUGUUUCACUUUUCUAAACUCUAUUUAAUUAGAGAGAAUAAAAGCCUCUUCUAAAUA